AUGGCUCUUGUACGACGUCUUGUUAUUCAUCAUGGUGAGAUGGAAAAAAAUCCACCUCCGUUGUGUCAUGCAGAACCCGAAGAUCCUGUCAAAAACAUGACUCAUUGGACUGGUUGGGUUGAAGGUCCACCGGGUACCCCAUAUGUUGGUGGAAAAUUUCGUUUGAUUAUUGAUUUUCCACUAGAUUUUCCAUUUAGAGCGCCCGAGAUAAAGUUUAUCACUCCUAUCUAUCAUCCAAAUAUUGGUACUGAUGGUCAAAUCUGUCUGGACAUUCUACAUUCACAAUGGUCUCCAGUAUUUACAAUACGUAGUCUGUUGAUAUCGUUAUGUUCCCUUUUGUCUGAUCCUAAUCCUGAACAUGGUCUUAAUCAAGAUGCUCUAAGAGUCUUUCGAACAAAUCAAAAAGAAUUUUAUCAAACUGCUGAAAACUGGACCAAGAAAUAUGCAGUAGAACAGAGCAAACAAAACUAA